AUCGCAGUCCGCCUCGAGACUUGGGUUUGUACAUUCAAAAUCACUUAGAAACCAUCUGGCGCAGUGCAGUCAGUAUCGACGGAACGGCUUCUUACGCUUUCGCUGGUGUCUCUUUCUAGUCGCUGCUAAGGCUCUACCCACCAUAGAUCCACCACCAUCCGUAUUCAAAACGAUUGUCUACGCAUAUACCCUUAUUCUUCAACGAACAACCUGCCACUGGUCUACCAUGACUACUGUGAUUCUUGCGUGCAGUGCGCAACACGAUUCUAGUUUUCGCACGACAAUUGACCUUGACGUUUCUCACGCAAGAAAGGAAAGUUCUGACGGCGUCACGUUCAACCCCGCUGGUACCUGUGCCCUCAAUGAUACGGUCAGCAAUUAUCGUUCGGAACAGUUCUCGUCCUCGCCAUCCACGUCGCGUAGAGAUUUCACGUCACCCCGGACGACUCUUGAUACGGAUACUUUCACUCAAGACUCUGAACCCGCUCCUUAUUCUAGCACCCCAGAUCUCGGCUCCCAGGACUUGUCUUCACCGAGUACGGACUUUGAUUCUCAAGUAAUCGUGACUCCUCCGGAAAAGAAAUUCAUUCGUAUACUAGAACAAAAGCUUCAAGCUCUUGUGAACUCCAAACGUAAUCGAGACAAAUCUCCCCACGAAAGCGCCGAGGAUAGUGCUGAAGAUAAUGAGGCCGAGAAGCCAUUGGCAACGGGAUCAGAUAUUGGGCAGGCUGCCGAACUUGAUUUGACACCGUCAACGACUCAAUCAACCAAGUCUGAAGGUUCUUUGAAGCGCAAGCGACUUGAUACCUGCAGUCGUGAUACUUCUGUUGGAACCGAAGCAAGCACUGAUGAAGAUACCGAUGUUGAAGACGAGGACAAGUUGACUGAUCUCGCUGUGCCGGUAUCCAAGAAACUCAAAGAAACCUCUUUCAACUAUGCUGCGACUGAAACUGCUUCAGCUCGGCGUGCACGUUCUCUUUCUGUGUGCUCCUCUCAUGCAUCCCUUAUUCCAACUGAGGUUGCUUCCCCGUCUCGACCUUCCACUCCCGUCUCCAAAGUUGAGGCGGUUCCAAUUAUUGCUCCUCCGGGUUUCGAUGCCAUUCCCCGCCCUCCACUUUCUCCAGAUGACGCUGCUGAAGCACGUCUCAAGAUUCUUUUGCACAAAGAAUGGCUUCUUCGUCGCCACCAUGGGUUUGAGAAAGGCAUUAAUGACAUCUUUGGUACAUCGAUUACGAAGGAUCAGGUCGAUGAUUUCCUUGGUAUUGACGAGGAGUUUCGUAAGGAAAUCAUAGCUUGGAUGCUUCGUGUCACACCGAGCAAGAAACUAGGUGUCGGAGAACUGCGGAACCAACUGCGAACUUGCCCCGAGACAAGGUUCCAUGCGGUUUUGCUUUUUACUCGUUACUUCAUGCGUGUUGGCGACGCCAUGCCUGUCCCUACUGAGAAGGAGACGCCGCUCAUGCGACUUGGACGGAGGCGAAUCGUUUGGGACGUCGCCAUUAGCUGUUUAGCUAUCGCGAUUAAGUACAAUCGUGAUUUCCUUUCGCCUUUCUCACCAGUAUAUGCCCGUGAAUUUCUUGUGCUUGCUCCUCAUCCAAUGUCGCACGAUGAUUUCGAGAUCUCGCAAAAGGACGUUCUGCAAGCACUUGAAUACGAAAUUCGCGAUGUGACGCCUGGACCGUUUAUGCAGGAAAUUUGGGCUAGCCUCUCUUCCUUCCGUAAACUGUUGUCUUUCUCCGACGGUUGGGAAAUAACACAAAUGAACGCGUGGCACAUACUUAAUGCGUCUAUGACAGCGAGUGAAAUGCUUCAGUUCCCUAUAUCAUUGCUCACAGCAGGAGCACUUGUUGAAGGCGCUGUGGUAGCGCUCAUCGACCUCUACGAACAAGACGCGGAUUCGUUAAAUUCUGAGAACUCGUCAAGGAACGAAGCCGAGUCGGUGAUUGACGACAUUGUGAAGGAUAUCAAUGAGCUCAUGGGCGUUCCUUCGGUCGACAUGAAGCGCUGUCGCAGAUGGCUGCAGAAAGUGAUUAGCGCAGCUUACUGAUAUGAACGUUCCUCGGAUUUUAAUGCCAAGUCUCUGUCUCUCAUUGUUAAUGACAUUCACGAACUACGACUUCUUAGAACGAGUAAAAUAUACUCACAUUAUUCGUGCUUAACUGAUACCACUUUACACAUAUCCACUGCAGUUUAAUCAUGUAUCGAACUAU